UUUAUAUUCCUACCCGUGUAGUCCGUUGACCAGUAGUCAUGGUAACAAGAUAGCGUCCAAAAAUGGCUUCUUUGAUAGGAGAAACCGUGUUUGAGAGUAAUGGCCAAGCUCCUGCACCGAGUAAAGAUUUUUACCAGCUUGUUAUAACAAAAAAAGAAGUGAUCUGGAGGUUUUGGAAAAUCUCUCUCCGAAGUGAAUUUCGCAAUACAAACCCAGGGGAACUUAGAGAAACUCACAAAGAGUAUUUAGAUGAUUCCUCUCUUCAGGCCCAAAUUGCCACAGUGCUUGGUGCCAAUAUCGUUAGCUACACACUCAACCUGUGUCGGGGUAAUUUUGACUACUUGGAGCGUCUUCCUGAUGCCCUGCUGCUCUAUUUGAUUUUGUAUUUGGACUUGGAAGAUGUGGCUCAGCUGUCUCAAACCUCACGGAGGUUUGAAAAGCUGUGUAGCUCUGAUGCACUGUGGGAACGCAUUGUGGAAAACUCUUGUGACACCAUCACCCCGGAGAUGAGAGCCUUGUCCAAAGAGGUGGGCUGGAAGCAGAUCUUUUUCACAAAUAAGCUGCAGCUCCAGAUGCAGAUCAGACGAAGAAGGCAGACAUCUGAAAACCUUGUCGUGUAAACUGAAUGAUGGAAUUGUUUGUGCUGACACUUGCACUAAUAAAGUUCCUGGUGCUAAAAAGCCAUAUGGUUACACAACAUACUGUGCAGUAUCGCCUUCCUUAAAGCUAUAGAGAACAUAAGUGUAUUUCUAAAAGAGACGUGUUGCUUACUGUUCCUGUAUAUUAUUGUGUAGACUAUUAAGAUUAUCCAAUUGUCUUUUAGAUUAGGAACACACAUUUCACGUAACUAAUAAUUUGUGCCACAUUCCAUGACAU